AUGAAACCCCUCUUGUCCUUUGUGACAAUUGCCAUCGCGGCCAUCGCGACUGCCGAGUCCACCUUGGAGGCUCUGGAGGUGGAUGACGCAUGUGCUGCGCAGCCUGCACGGCGCAUUUGCUGGAAUGCUCCUGCGCUGCGACAAGAGCACUGGCUGUGUGAGGAACGGCUGCCGUCCAAGUAUGAAGAAGUGCAGAGGAGAGUGGAGGAAAGAAUAGAGGAGCACGUGAGCAUUCCUGAGAUUUUGAAGCGCUAUGGCCUGCCAGCACUCUUCUUUCACUUCAUGGUUUGGGUCAGCACUCUGUCAGCCUGCUACUUGUUCUUGUCCAUUAACACCGGCAUUCUCGAGUUGCUCCCCGCUGAGCUUCAGCAACGGAUAAGUGGUGGAAGCCAGAUCGGCUAUGCAGCAGCUGCUUUGGGUGCUGCUGAAGUCUUAGGCCCUGCACGUCUUGCUUUGACUGUGGCAGCAGCACCAACAGCAUCGAGGGUGGCAAGGCAGUAUGACUGGUUCCGCAAGACGGAGGAAGAGAUUGUUCGAUUUUUCAGCGAUGCUACUUCGUCUUUGUCUCAAAUGUUCUUGAAGGCAUAA